AUGUGUCUGUCUGAGACGACGACAGUUUGGUCCCUGGCUCUGAUUGCCCAGCUGGUGUCACCUGAGCCGGGAAUGGAGCAGGCCACACGGUGUGAAUCAAUCUUUGUCUCUCCUUGGCUACCUUGAAACCGGUCUGGCAGGUGGGAAAGUAGCGCACUGGGACACACCAAUUUCUGUGAAGAUGAGAGAGGGAGGGGUUGGAUGGAGGGGGGCAAACCCACCUGUGUGGGCUGGGUGGAGGGGGUCAGGGAUAGACAGUGAGAGGAAAGAAGGAGGGCAGUGUCAAAUGUGGUAUCAGCAUGCUCUAAUCACUGUUCUGUGACUGUUGCGAAAAGCCCCUCCUACAAGGUCUCACCUCCACUUCUCACUGCUCCCCCAGCGUCCGAUGGCAAAGCAUGACCCUGUAAGUUCUUCCUUUAUCCUCUCCUCCUUGUUCUCUGCUUCUCUGCUUCUCUGGUUCUCUAUCUGUUUCCCCUGGGCUGACUUCUGUCACCAGAACAAUAGUAUUUUCUUUCUCACACACACUGACCAUCCUGUACUCAUACUCUCACUGUCCCUCUGUCUAAGGCACAGGGUCAGGCUGGUGUGUAGCUGGAGCCCCGUAUGAUCUCAUUGCGAUUGUAUCGGUCUCUGAUCUCUGUACUGUGUUGCUUCGCAUUGUGUGUUGAAUUUAUGUUGAAUCCUCCUUGUGGAAAAUAUUGUGUUGAAAGUAGGGGUUCUUAGUCUAAAUGGAUAGUGGUUUUAUGUCUCAAACUAGUCUUUUCACCCAGUUUGUCUAACCAAAAUACGGGGGCAGAUUGUGAAAUAAGACUUGAGGUGGAAAUGAGCCCAAUACGCUCUACGCCGCUACUGUGGACUUCCAUCUGUAACAGAGAGGAUUUAUCUGUCCUGAUUACUGAAUCAACCAUCAAUGUGGGCUGGUUCCAUGUUACCUACAAAUCUACUAUUGAGCUCUAAAAUACUCUUUAGAAUUGAAGUUCAAAAUUACAGUAUAUAACAACUUCAUUGUUCAUAAGUACAGUCUUCCCUUUGAAAUGUAACUUAAACCUCAUAAUUUUACAGUAAUUACUGGAAAAAGCCAAGGGGGAACAAUGUCUAUUGACCUAUGUCGAUUCAGGCAAACUGGCUCUUCUACCAACUGAAAAUCCACUUGGUACAGUAUUCUGUUUCAUUUGCGUAGGAGUUGGGUGCCUAUGGUCAUGAAACUGGAGCUGUUUACCAAAGAAAAGGUUUAGGUUAUAAACUAGUAUUAUUACUGACUGAGCCCAGGAGUCUUCUCUAUGUCACCAAGACGGAUAACAGCAAAUCCCAUCUUUGUCUAUUGUUCUGCAUUGGUAUAUUGUAUACAUGUAUGGCAAAACAGGACCAUGACAACACACGGAUGUAUGUUAAACAGUCACAUAGUUUAGGGGAACUAAGGAUAGAGGUUCAUGAAAGGAACUCCUUCUAUGUAUACUAUUAGUUUAGGUCAAAUGGCACCUUCCAUGGACUUCCUGAUAAAAUACAUUGGGUGCUUUAAAUGGAGGUGUAGGAGCUAAUAAACCAUACAGUGGGUGUUUGGAUUUUCAGAUGUAGAGAAGACACAUAUGGUACAUGCCUGCCUCUUGGCUUCCUAUGGAGCGUGGUAGUACGUGCCUGUGUGAAGGUUAUUGUGAUUCAGGAAGGUCUUAUUAUAGUGCUAAUGGUCCAUUCUCUAGGGUGAGAGAGUUACUGGGAUUGACUGAGAUGCCCUGGAACUGACAGACUGAGUUCUUGGAACAACAAGGGUAGUGCCUGUCGGUCCAAAUAAUAUUGGGUCGACCAGUUGCCAUGGAAACCCCAAUGUAUACACAAUACAUUUUUGGUUAGCACUCUUUAUCCUCAACCAGAUAAACACAUCAAUAUGAUCUACGUCCGCUGUAGACCUAUAGGAUCUAAUGGUCUUUGUGAUCCUUGUGAUCAUCACUAUAGCCUAGCCCCCUCUGAAAUCAAAACUCACCCUGAAAAUCUUGCAAUGUUGUGUAAAUCUCCACCAAUCCUCAGCACCUCUAGAUGUAGAGCAGAGCACACUACUAAUAUGUUGUGGGAAUCCAAGUGGAGGUAAUGUAUGUGUGUGUAUGCAUGUUGUACCAUCAGGAAGCAGAUUCUUUCCAUGUCGGUCAUUGCAACAUAAACAUUGUCAUGGGCAGAUCAGCAAAAGUCCCAACAUCAGAACCAGUUAGGGAAGUUUAAAGCAAUGUCAUCCCUACAAGGAAACAUGACUGGAAUCCACCGCGACGUUGAUUAGCUCUAUUAUCUGACAUAUUUGAUAGCGCUAUGGCGAGCAGAUGAAUGUAAAGCAGAAAUGAGAGCAUGAUAAAGAGAGGAGGAAAUGAAUAAGGGGCCCAUUGGGAAUCUCGGCACGUUGUUGCCUAGAGACAUGGGACCUUCCAUUGUGCUUGAGUUAGUUAUUCAGGUGUUGGGAUCUCAAACAUGCUCGAUUUUCACCAAUCAUCAAGCAUCUGUAAGCCCUGUUCGCAAUCAACAUGUGUACUCUAGGGAGCACCCCAUACACUGUAGUUCAUGGAAGAAUCGGGGUUCCUGCAUGGAAGUUGUUUACUUGGGAUUAUUAAAGGCCAAAUGCAACCGGUUUUUAUCUCCAUAUCAAAUCAUUUCUGGGUAACAAUUUAGUGGCUUACUGUAAUAGUUUUCCAUUAAAAUAGUAAAAGAAACAAAAAUAGCUUUUUAGAAAAAAACUAUUUCUCAAAAAAUAAUUUUGCUAAGACUUUCUGGGAGUGUUCUGAGUGGGGAGGGGAAAACUGAAAACUAGCUGUUCUUGGCAGAACGGUUUAGAACUCUGUUAUUGGUCUAUUAAAAAGUAAAAUGCAGCAUUUUUAUCUCAAUAUAAAAUCAUUUCUGGGUAACAAUUAAGUACCUUACUGUGAUUGUAUUCAAUUAAAAUUGUCAUUGCUUUUUAGCAAAGAGCAAUUUCUCAUGCAAUACUUUUCCUAGGACUGUCUGGGAGUGUCUGGUGGGGAGGGGAAAACUGAAGAAAAGCUGUUAUAGGCAGAGAGGUUUGGAACUCUCUUUCUUAUUGGUGUAUUACCUAAUUUACCAACUGGUGAUGUCACCAGGCAGGCCAAAACUCCAUCCCACCAAAACAAUGACAUUUCAGACUGUCUUUUCCAACAGCUCUUACAUUAUAAGGGCAUUAUCAUCUUUUUCACAAUUUCAAAGUAUUAUAAAAUAUAACACAGGAAAAUCACGUUUGUGACUGCACUGGGCCUUUAAAAACCUAUACCGCCUGGUGAUGUCAUUUUGAAGGUCCUGUGUAGAUUGUAUUAUCAACCAGCUACUAUCAGGAAAUAAAACGGAUCACAUUUUUUCACACUUUUUCAACUUUUGUACAAUAUGAUACAAAACACUGGGCCUUUAAGUUCCCGCAUGGGUGUUGGAUCCGAAUAUAUUUUUAAUGACUGACUUCUUAACCUUUUGUCUUUUUCUCUGUGUUCUCCCCUGCAGAACGAGCUCCCUCCUCCAUACUACUCUGUUGAGGUGCACACACUCCCGCCCCUCCAGUCCUAUGAAGAGGUAGUCUAUGGAGCGGGUCCAAGGCACACUCCUCCCAACCAGCUAUACUACAUCCCCCAGCACCCCCCACCAGUGGCUGCGGAGCACAAAUGCCAGCCCAGUAUAUGUGAGUAGUACUCUCUAUCUACUGCCUGACUAUCCCAGUUCUGUCCCAGUCCAGUUCCCUCCGUUCGUUAUUUGCUUUCAGGGGACUACAAACCACCAGUGAAAGUAGUGUAAAAUAAUACAACUUGAAACAGAAGUGGUAGCAAUACAAAAACAUCCUUGAGAAGUGGGAUUUUAACUCCCUCAUUAUGUGUCUGCAUUAUGUAGUGGCUAUACACUGAGUGUACAGAACAUUAAGAACACCUGCUCUUUCCGUGACAUAGACUGACCAGGUGAAUCCAGGUGAAAGCUAUGAUCCCUUAUUGAUGUCACUUGUUAAAUCCACUUCAAUCAGUGUAGAUGAAGGGGAGGAGACAGGUUAAAGAAGGAUCUUUAAGCCUUGAGACAUGGAUUAUAUAUGUGUGCCAUUCAGUGGGUGAAUGGGCAAGACAAAAGAUUGAAGUGCCUUUGAACGGGGUAUGGUACUAGGUGCCAGGCACACUGGCUUAAGUGUGUAAAGAACUUCCAACCCUGCUGGGGUUUUCACGCUCAAUAGUUCCUGUGUGUUUCAAGAAUGGUCCACCACCCAAAGGACAUCCAGCCAACCUGACACAACUAUGCGAAGCAUUGGAGUCAACAUGGGCCAGCAUCCCUGUGGAAUGCUUUCGACACCUUGUAGAGUCCAUGCCCCAAUGAAUUUAGGCUGUUUUGAAGGGAAAAGGGGAUGCAACUCAAUAUUAGGAAUGAGUUCCUAAUGUUUUGUACACUCAGUGUAUGGUUUGUAUAUGGUCUCCUGAGUAGGAUAUAUCUGUUUGACGUGUAUGUCGUGUGUUGUUCCAGCUCUUCCUGACAAGAAGAAGAAAUACAAAUGCUGCCACCAUAGUGCCAAGUGCUUUGGCUGGUCAGGGUGCAUCGUUCUGUUGCUCCUCCUGGCCAUUGCCAUCUGGCUCGGAGGUAAGGCCAGGGUUGUCGUCAUAUUUAUUUGUAUGUUGUUACUCAUGUAUAUGUAUGCCUGUUUAUUCAUAAGCAACUCUCUGAUUCAGAGGGGUUGGGUUAAAUAACGGACGACACAUUUCGGUUGAAUUAAUUCAAUUGCGCAAGUGACUAGGUACCCCCUUUCCCUCCCCUACUGUAUUUGUGUAGACAUUGACAGUCUUCCUCUCCUACCUCUGUCUCUCCUCUUCUCCCCACCCUUACAUAUUCUCUGUGACCCCAACCUACCCCAUCCAACCCUUCCCCCGCCUCUCUGUCUCUCGGUCUCUUUAAUUUCCAAUGUCUUUCUCUCUCUCUCUGGGUAGUGUGUUACGGUCCCAGGUUAGCAAAAGCGGAUGCCAUCAUCGACCACCAUGAGGAUGAGGAUGAGGGGCACGAUGAGAAGCAGUUGAGCGUGCCCGUGCAUGACACCUGCUCCAACUCCACCGUCCAAUGUGACGCUCUGCGGGACUGCCAACUGGGCACCGACGAGUCCAACUGUGGUAAGCACACUCACACAACAGACAGACAUACCAGACUUGCAGGUAGAUGUAGAGAAAUUAAAGCCAGGGGGACAGGUAGACUUACACUCGACGUAUGACAAGCAGACAAACAUAACCCUUUUCGUAUCUUAUUAUUCUAUCCUCUCCUCUCCCUCUCUCUGCAGUGAGGUUUGGGGCGGAUGGUGCUCUACACGUCAGAACGUCUCAGGACGGUCGUUUCCUCCCAGUGUGUUACCAGGGAUGGGACCAGAGCUACGCCAACCAAACCUGUGCCCAACUGGGCUUCAGAAAGUAAGACAUCAUCUUAUUUCACAACAGCCAUUUUAUAGGCUACCUCUCAAAGCAACUACUUUCACUCACAGACAUUUGCUCAGUGACAUCUAAUUUCACUGCUGCCAUCUUCAGUAUUUACUCUCAGAUUGAUUCUCUGCACUCCUCUCUCUCUCUGGGGUUGGUGUGCCUGUGGCAAAUGUACUUUCUGGGAAUGCUUCAUGGGAGGGGAAUUGAUUCUAGUAUUGCUUUGGCAGACAGAAUCUAAAUGUGUUUGUGUGUGUCGACCAUGCAGGUCCUUUGCAACCAAGGCAGUGAAAUCCCAGCAGUCCAUUGGUCUAACCCUGAACAACAGAUCGUCUUUACCCAUCCAGGGCCAGGUCAAUGUCAGGUAAGAGAGCUCAACUGCUCUACAAACCUUAGCACGUAUGUAUUUACACAUUUUAGUCCCAGUCAUGUUGAGGGAAUGAUGGCGUUAAGUCAUACACUGUCAUUACCUGUCAUGACUGGUUGGGAUGUAAUGUUAUGUCAUCAUUAUAGCUGCAUUAUAGGCCUCAUGAAGGCUGUUUCAAAUCAACUGUAGCCAUGCUGCACAUAUCCCAGUGUGGUUUAAUGUUAGAUCCUGAGUUCCUGACAUGGUUGUGCUUGUGUUGCUAUGUAGCUCGUCCUGCCCUGACCAGAACACAGUCUCUCUGCAGUGUAUUGGUAAGGAGCUCUCAUCUGUUCAUAUUUCACAUAUUUCAGCCAGGCAGGCCCAUAUCAACCUUCUGUUUGAAAUAUGACUUCUAGUUAAAUUAGAUACAAACAUUUGAUCACUUUUUCCCCUUUUCCCAGAUUGUGGGCGUCAGCAGUUGUCCUCCCAGAUCAUAGGGGGCAGUGUUGCCAAGCUGGGCCAAUGGCCCUGGCAACUCUCUCUACACUUUGGUGGAUCACACAUCUGUGGAGGGGUCCUGGUGUCCCCUGACUUUGUGGUGACAGCUGCCCACUGCUUCCCCAGGUCAGUGACUAGAGGACAACAAUGCUCAGUUCAAAACUGAUCCCUUGGCUCUAAUUCUAGACAUGCUAUGUAGAUCCUUGCUAAUAGCUCCACCUUACCCUCCCUGCUGUGUUCAUGACAAGUCAGAGUGAAAUCCGACUUGUUUUGAACUCGUUGAGAAUGCCAAUUGACUAACGGCAAGCUAGCUACUCCAACCAUAAACAGAAAGUACAGCUAUAAUGCGCAUGAACAGUGUAAAAAACAUAAAUAGAUUGUUUUUGAUAAAUUACUGUUUAUAGUUUCAUUUAACUUUCAGAAAUGCUGUUGUCGAAGUAAUUUCCUUAGUCAGAGUUCAGCAAGUCGGAGUACUCGGAUGAUGCCAGGGUUUCUGACUUUUAAUUACUAGUUGGAGGACCGUUCAAAUAUAUUUUGUCCCACUCUGAAGCCUGUAUUUCUGAGUUUCCGACAUGUCAUGAACGCGACAUUAGCCUAAGGAGAAUGUCAGUCCUUUCACUUACACAUAUCCAUAUAAAACACAGACUAGUAGUGAAUCUGUGCAGCAACUUGCUCAGCGUUACUCAAGAACAAGCAGCACGACAACCCAUCACCUCAACACCCUCACCUUGACAACCAAUCUCCAUAACUCAAUUAAACACCUUAUUACCAUAAUAAUAAUAAUAAUAAUAAUAAUAAUAAUAAUAAUAAUAAUAAUAAUAAUAAUAAUAAUAACAUCCGUGUCAUAAGCUACAGCCUUGGUUUGAGAAGUAAAUUAUAUAUAUUUUAUUGUCUUUUUUUCCUUGCCCAUUGAAGGUCUUUCCCCCCGGUUCUUGAUGCCAGUAGGUGGCGUGUGUACGGAGGAGUGGUGUCUCAAGACAAGCUUCCUUCUCCCUACCUCAUAGAGAAGAUCAUCGUGAAUGAGAACUACAACAACGUAACCAACGACCAGGACAUUGCCAUACUGAAGCUGGCCUCACCAGUUGAAUUCACUAGUGAGUCUGGCUCUAUUCCUUCAAUAUCAGAGAAACGCUAGGGAAACGCUAGCAUCAACGUUGGGACACCACUGUAAAAAUGUUUGACCUUUGAGUCUAAAUGUCUGGGAUGCAUCCACUGUCCAGAAUGGUAAUCUCAUUUGCGUGUGUGUGUGUCUGAUUUUUGUAACUGUGUGUGCUUGUGUCUGAAGUCAGUAUGCCACUCUGUUUAUCUAACUUCCUGUCUGUGUUUUUUUAUUCAGAUGCAGUUCAGCCUGCCUGUUUGCCAGCCUUUGACCAGACAUUCCCCCAUGGAACCAAAUGCUGGACCUCGGGAUUCGGGACAACAGAUGAGGGGGCAGGUAGGAAGAGAGACAAGGGAGUGGAGGGAGAAACGGACUAUACUAAAGGAAAGAAUGCUUAUCUAGAGUGAAACAACAGGGACAGACUGGGACCAAAAUUCGGACUGGGUAUUUCUAACACACCGGCCCAUUUCUAUCCUCGAGGCCCCCACACCAGCCCUUUUUUCCCCCCUGGAGGUCCCCUGUUAUUAGCCAAAUAAUGAUUAUUUUGCAUAAGAAACAACAACAAUUUGUACAGGCCCCCUGGGUUAAAAAUGAACCAGCCCAUCUGGCAUUUUCCAGAAUUGCCUUAUGGCCUGUCCGUCUCUGUGAUACAGAGAGAGUGAUGUGGAGAAAGGAGGCUACACAUACAUUAUUCAUCCUAUUUUAAUGUAUUCUCAUUGCAGAAAACCAUGCUAUAUUCAGUAGAGCAACAGUUUGCGUAGAGCAACUAGCUAUAGUGUCGCUAGCUGAAGUGUGUGUGUGUGUAUGUUUGGAGAAAGACUGUGUACUGUAUGUGUCCCUUCACAGCGAAACCCUCCAAAGACCUGAUGGAGGUGACCGUUGACAUCAUUGAUGUGCGUGUCUGUAACAGCUCCAAAGUAUACUCCGGCAGUGUGUCCAACAACAUGCUGUGUGCCGGAGAGCUCAACGGGGGCAGGGACUCCUGUCAGGUACAUGUCCACAUACUGUUGUGUAAUUCUUCUAUUUACAGGUCUGGGGACUCAUUUUAUAAACAUUGCGUACGUACAAAAUAUAUCCCAAAACAUGCGUGCGGUAAAACUGCCGCACUGAACUCGGCGUGAGGAUAUGCUUGCCUCCGCGCAAACAUCAGACCAAUGCCUACACAAAUGUUCUAGUGGUUGAAGUAUUGUAUUGCAAGCAGGCAAGUAAGUAUUUGUUGCAAAUGGGGGAUAUGAUGACACGCUUAUAAAACAAGGGGGGGAAAAGGAAACAAGAUGCAGCCAUUUGCCAUUAGUGAGAAGAGCGAAAAUCUAUGUGUUUUGUUUUUGGAAUCUAAAAUGAUUAGACACACAUCUAUUUCCUAUUUAUUUUAUUUUUUAUAACAAUUGCAGAAGAAAUUCCUCACCUUUUCUGGCCGUGAUGCAUUCCCGAAGUAGCCAUAUGAAAAAAGACCAUGCGCAUCUCUCAUUUAAUUGGGCCUAGUAAAUAGAUAGGCUAUGUAUUUCAAGUUUUGCUGAAGCCUAUGCGAUCCCAUAGGCAGCACGGUUUAUAACAUACAGUUUAAUUUAACAGGUGAACAGACAGUUUAUAUUUUACAUUGCAUUAUGUAUGCAACUACUGUGAGUAGCUUACUGUAAUUUUAUUUUUAUUUUAUUAGGCUAGACAAUGUUUCAGAAUUCACAGUCCAGCAUAUUUAGGUUGGGGGGAAAAGUCAAUGCAAACCAUUGUUGAAUUCAAAUGUUCUGCUGGCAGGUCCACAACAAUUUCCCAUUGUUUUUUAUUUCAGAAACUGUCACAGUCCUUUGCCAAAUACAGCAUAAGUUAUUGCAAAAGAUUAAAAGACUCUGCCAACUCCUCCAAAAACAUUGAAUCAAAUUUGCAAUUGCUCUUUCUUUUAGAAACUGCUGUGGCCUAAUUCCAAUAGUUCCAAAUUUUACAGAAAAUAAAAGGCAUUAUUAUCACCAUAAAAGGUGAAUGGAGGGUGUUUUCCAGGCUGAGUAAUGCUUGUUCACACACCAAGUUUAUAAUUCUCAAUAUUUUGAGUGUGACAUUUACGCAACGGUUAUAAAUGAGGCCCCUGGGGUGCUCUAGAGGUCUAAGCCGCUGCUUCUGGAGCACAUGUACAAUGUACCGCUGUCAGCAUGGUUUCGAUUUCGGCCCACUACUCUCAGCACUCUUUCUCCUACCUUUCACCUCUCUCUCUCCCUAUUCUAUUUAACAUACAAAAGACUUUGAAAAGAUGCUCUUUUUUUACAGAGCCAUAGAUGCAGAGUUUGGCAAACUGUCCUCCAUAUGGACACCAGAUGUUCCAUGACAGCAACAUUCUGAUUUCUUCCCAGAGUCUAACUGUCCUCUCCUGCUACUCACCAACUCUUGUCCUCAUCUUAGAUGCCUUUGGGCUGAGAAAAUUCCCUUCUACCUCAUCUGCUAUCCACAACUUGAAAACAUACAGUAUAUUGUAGCAGGUGAUUUCAACACCACUUCAACUGUUCACUCAUCCAUUCUCUCCUCUCACAGGGAGACAGUGGUGGUCCUCUGGUGUGCCAGGCCAGUGACAACCUUUGGCAGCUGGUGGGAGUGACCAGCUGGGGCAGUGGCUGUGGGCAGAGUAACAGGCCAGGGGUCUACACCAAGGUGUCCAGCCUACUGCCCUGGAUCUACAGCAAGAUGCAG